AAAUCAGGGGUAUCGUGCGACUUAUCAAACGAAUCGCUCGCUUCCGCCUGGCAAUGUAAGGGAUUAGGGGGGAAAAGUGUGUUGGAUUUGGGAUGUUUGGAUAAAUUUCCGAAGGACCUUUCUUCCCUCAUUUCUCUUCUAUAAAUUCCUCUGCCAGCCUUAAUUAAUCCUCUCCUUCUGCAUCGUUCCUUGCUACUUUUCCUUAAUUCUCUCGACUCGAUUCCUCGAAAGGAGAAAUCUUAUACACCCAUCAACCAUGGCCACUGAAAAGAAACCUCGUCGUCCUCCGUGUAGAAGACAGAAGUACCAUGGGGCACCCAUCGGAGUUAAUUUCCGACAACACCUUCUUCAGAGAGCCAUUAAUACUACUACUCUCUGGCCCGUGAGAGCGGCAACUGCAGUUAUGGAGGAAAAGAUGAAGCGCGUGAAGAAGUCCAACGAGAAAAAAAGAGUGGAGCUGAAACGAUUGACCUUGAUUCGAUUGACAAAGGCUGUCAAGAUCGGGCGUCUGACUUCAAAAUCAUGCAAAGACUUGAAUCUUGUGAGAGAAACAGAGUCGCGCGACGCGACAAGUUACUGUUGAUGGUCGAUAUCGAUCCACUAUUUUUCUUUUUUAAUUCACAAGUGGGGGUCAAAGCGGGACCCACAUUCAACUUUUAAAGAAUCCCUAUACAUUAUAAACAUAUAAUUUGUUU